CAAGUUUGUUUGAAUCGGCGGACCACGGAUGUCGUUUUAGCCGGUGCUUUCUUUUUUUCGAACUUUUUAUGUAACAAACAAAGUUAUAGUUUAUCGAUGGUGCAUUAGUUGUGCAUUUAUAGUGACGUGUACGUUUUUCGGCUAUCGGUGUUUGGUAGUGAGGUGAUUUUAGUGUUGUGUUGGUGAUUGUCGCGAUGCCUGAUGUUAAAACAAUUGAACUUAUUUACUUACUGGUGUCAUUAUUACACAGUCGCUUUCUCAUAUUGAUAGCGUCGUCAAACCGUACAAUGUAACUGCCGGAUUCCGAUCACGCACAUCCAAGUGGCAGCCGAUAUGCAAACGAACUCUUUCGACCAGUGAUACGAACGAACAUGAUAUAAGCCGACAAGAUGAUGAAGUUCAAGUCCUUGUUCCGUAGAGGACCUUCGAGCCAGGGGAAGCAGGAGGCGACACUAAAAGGCGCCCCAUCCGUGUCCAGUCUCGACUCCAAGCACCACAAAGUAGCCCCAGCCAGAGACAAGUCCUUGAAGAUAUUCGGGUCAAAAGAGAAGCUGCAUAAAGCGCAUAAGAAGAAGGACUUGGGGAACAAUAAUGCGUUGGUGGAAGACCCUGAAUUGAGGGAGGCUUUGGACACGUACGACGAUGGGGCGGUCAGGCUCCACGAUUACAGCAGCGCUGAGGAGCUGGGAGGCUCGGUAGGCGAGAGGGGCUCGCAGGAGUGCGUCAGUCUGCCGGUCACCCUCAACGCUGAACACAUGUCCGGCUUCCAGGAAGUGGAGCUCAGGCCUCGAGUACCAUCUGAGGCAUCCCUGGCGUCAGGCGUCCGUGAGAUCGAGUCCCUGAAGCGAGAGCUGGAAGUGAGCGCCAUGGAGCGAGCUCAGCUUCAGGCCAGAGUUGAUGAGCUGCUCGAGCGAGCGGCGGAAGCGGAGCGACUGCGAGCUGAGCUGGAACGAAUGAAGACAUCAGAAGCGGAGCGUUCAGCGGCGAUGGAGCGUCUCGCUGACGAGAACGGCGCGUUGCGGGCGCGUCUCCGCGGCGUCGCGCACUCGCCGCUGUCGGACAGCGAGAAGCGGCAGCUGCUGCUGGCGCCCGCGCCGCGCCGCAUGCACUCCUCCGCGCCCGCCUCCAUCGCGCUCGCGCACAACGGCGAGGGCGACAGCGGCGAGGCGAGCACGCCGGAGUGGGACAAGCACUCGUCGUCGUCACUCAGCGAAGUGUCCGUGGCCUGCCUGCAGGACCGCAUCCUGCAGAUGGAGGAGCACCACUACAGCACAAGCGAAGAGUUGCAAGCAACUUUAGCGGAGCUGGCGGACCUGCAGUCUCAGCUGGCGGACGCGCACGCGGACAUGGAGCGGCUGACAGACGAGAAGCAGGUCCUGCUGGAGUCUCUCUGCCGCCAGACGGAGAAGCUGGAGGACAGCCGCACGAAGGUGGACACCCUUCAAGAGCUGCUUCUACGCGAAGGAGUCGAACCUGAAACACUGGUGCCCGGUGACAUCGACCAACAACUCUUCGCUGUACUGAAGGUGUCACAAGAAGAAAAGCGACAUCUGUUGGCGAAGCAAGAGCAACUCGAAGCAGAGUUGAAAGAAAUCAAAACAGCGCUAGAAGAGAAAACCAAAGAAAACGAAACACUCAACGAAAGAAUCAGAUCGCUGGAGAGCAUUGUGGAGAGAUUAGAAAGCGAGCGUUCGCAGUGGGAGCAAGAGACUGAGAACGCUCGCGAGGUGGCCGCGGCCAGGCAGCACCAGGUCACCACACUCACGGAACUGUUAGACGCCGCAAAGGCUAAGCUGGAAGAACGCCAAGGCGUAGUGGAAGGCGCGGCGGAGUUGGAAGCGGCCGCGACCACCGCGCGGAGGGAAGCGGAGGCAGCCGCGUUAAGAGCACACACGCUAGCGGAGAGGCUGGCCCAUGCUCAGAGACAGCUGGAUAGAGCGCAUUCCGACGCCCGCAAACUGCACGAUGACGCCUUGGUAUCCCGCAAUAACGCGAAGUCUACGAUAUCCGAAUUGGAGUUCCAACUGGAGCAGUUACGACAAGAAAAGUCGGCCCUGCAAGGCGAAAUGAAAACACUCCAAGACAACUUGGCCGAGUUGCAGAUACAGGUUCAAGUGACGUCAGAUGAGAAGCUAGCACUAAUGAGUCGGGCUGGGGAGGCUUUGGCGCGCGCCGCCGACGCUGAGAGGCAACUUCAAGACGCACGCGCUAGGAACGUACAGCUCACGCGCGAUAGAGAACGUGACGAAACCGAAUGGAAGCAGUUCCAAAGCGACCUCCUGAUGACGGUCCGCGUGGCCAACGACUUCAAAACCGAAGCCCAGAGGGAGCUGGAGAGACUCGUCUCCGAAAAUAAGAUCGCUAGAGACCGUAUCAGACAUCUGGAAGACCAAAUGCACUCCCUUAAAGGUGUUAACAAGUCAGACUCUGUGGAUAGCAUAAACCACUUCUCGGAUGAUGAAAAAAGACGAUCGGGAGACUCACUCUAUUCGGAUUCGCAAAGCGAUUCGUCAUCGAAAGACGUGUUCAAAAAUAUAAGGACUAGAUACCUUUCUAGAGUUCACAGCGUCUCAGACCCACCGCUAAUGAACGAAAGUAUCGUAGACCAAGCGUUUUUCAAACUCAAUAAUGUAUCAGACCCGAAAUCUGACUUCGAGGAAGUCCCUCCAACGAGCUUCACGUUCGAAAUAGAUAACGUGACGACAGACGAAACGAACGACGAUGAUUCUCAUAGAAACUCAUCGGAUAUUAUAGACGAGCCCGAGAAGAUACUAACUGAAGUAGCGAUACCUCCACUUGAGGACAAAGGGUUCGAGAGGCAAGACGCUGUUGACUUUUCUAGCGAAAAGAUCAAGAGACAAGAUGCUGUAGAUGAAUGUGAUCAUGCUCCGAAUGUGCCUGAUAAUGCUGACACUAAUGAUCUGAGUGCUAAUGUCAAAUGUAUUUCAAAAUCGGAAUCUGCAAACGUUGUGAAACCUAGAGAUAAUACCAUAUUUAGCAGAAGUCUUUCAGGCGUGUUCAAUGGUAAACCGAAGUCGUACAGCAUGGAAAAUCUUAACACUAAUACAGAAUACAAAGAUAUUUUACAAGAGGCUACUAGUAUAGAAUUUUUAGGGAAUAACAAUAACUAUAGUGAAUUGUCUUUGUUCACUGAAGGAUCGGAUAGUGUUUUUAGUUCCCCAAUCAGGAAAAAUACUAAUUAUACCUUGAAUAUUGGCAAAGCUAUCUCACAGCCCAAUAUCAGUAGUUCAAAUGUUGACACAGCUUCAAUAAAUGAUUCUGUUAUAGAUCAUGACAUUCCAAUCGUGAAAGCUGAAUCUAUUUUACCGUAUCCAUAUCCAGAUGAUAUUAAACCAACUCCUGUAGUUGAAUUUAUAAAGACAAAUGAUAAUAAACCUGUAGAACCCGAAACUCAAAUAGAAAAUGAUAUCCGAAAAGCUAACGAAGAUAUAAAAUCUAGUUUUAAAGCAGCCCUACAAAGAAUUACAGGUAGCAUAGGUAAAAAGUCACCAACAAACUCGGUUAAAGACAAAAGAUCACCAACCAACUCUAUAAAAGAAAAGAAAAUGAAAGAAAGCAAGAAAGAUGUAGAGAUAGACCAUAAAACAAGCGACAAAGAAGAAGAUACUAACGUUGAUGAAAUAAUGGAGUCAAAUCCUAUAAUACCGAUCAUAAAAGAGAAACCAAAGAUAAAGGAAAUCAUACCUAAAAUUGAGGUUAAAGAAAUAAUAGAACCUACAGUUAAAUCAGAUCCCAAUAUCAUAAUCAAAGUAACAGAAAGUACAAACCCCUUUCUAGAUGCUGCAAAAGAGCUGGAUGUAAAAGAUAAUGAGAUACCAAUAGAUGAAAACGUUAGUUAUCACUUAAAAAUUAACUCAUUCAACGAUGGUAUGCAACCUGAUAUUUCCCAAGCUGCUUCGCAAGCUGCCUCGACCUCGCAAGCUGUGACCAACUUCAAUCCGAGUAAUGCUGGUAUUAAUAGGUUAAAAACUUUCAUGACCCCCAUAAAAAUUAUGAAUGGAGGUUUCAUAGACCGUACAUCUCCCAUUAUUUUGAGUCCUGUCCUGAUACAACCUAUAUUUUUCAAACCACAGCAACAAGAACCGAUAGAGCCGAAAGUAGACGUAAAACGGGCCACAGUUUAUUACAAUGAUAUGGACCAGGUUGUUGUAGGAAAUAAGAAAAAAGUAAAAGAGCCACUCAAACUUCCAGAAACGUCUAACAUAGAUGAAAAACUGAAUGUUGAAAAGAAAGGAAUGUACCAGAAAAACGCAAGAGCAAAACAGUUGCCCUUCCUUUCGUGGAAAACGUUUGGGGUAAACGAAAAUAUACCGGAGUUAAAACUACGUUCCCCUAUACCAACCAUAAGUAAGUCGCCAGAACCUUUAACACCCGGUGUGGUGAAACUGACCAAACCUCCUGGCUGGCUGAUUGACAACCAAUAUUAUCAACCCAUGGAAAACGUCCCGUUCUUCAUCAAUACAAAGCAAAGUUUUACUAUGCCGAAGAAACCAGUGCAAGCAAAGAGAGAGAGAACAGGACAACAUCGACCAAUCCGUUUCUUCCGAUGAUCCCAUCUAGCAGAAGGUGUUCAGAACAAGAGAACUAUUAUGAAGAAAUAGGUGAACCGAGGUUUCCACCGGUGAUAUUGGAAAACAAGAAUGUUGCUGAUGACGAUAAAAUUUCAAGCAAAACCCGAACUGCUGAAGUUUUCCCUGCAUUGACUCGCGAAGAAAUACUAAAAGUGCCCAGAAGAGCAAAGAAACCUAAAAAAGAUGCACACUACGAAUCAAAUACGUUUGAUAAAGAUGUUGAAGACAGUACAAACAUAGUCAAAGAAAUGGCACACAUGACCAAGUCAGUUAUAUCGCUGUCCCGUUCGCCGAGUGCAAAAGACGCACCCAAGAAAUCAACUGGGUCCUUCGGGGAAUUGGUUCAGAACUUGGAAAAGAAGCCUCCAACGCCUGAACCUAAGAAUACUCCAGAGGUGCCGCUACGAAAGCAUUCUCUUCAAAACCAGAGAGCUGCUUCUAGUAUAGAUACAAAUACAGGGUCAUGGCCACGAGGACCCAAGCCGUAUUGGAAGACUUUGGAGCACAAAAGAC